AUGCAUCAACAUCCACGCCCUCCCCCCGCCUCUGCCUCCCCUGCGACCUCGGAACAGACCAACCCUACUCGCACCAACAACCCCAGAGAUCGAGACGUCCAGGCUCUUCGAACAAAUUCCCCCCUUACCCAGGGCUCUGGCUCCUCUGAAGACUUUGCCGCAGCACGACAAGAACAGCCUGCGGAUAAUACCGUCGGCCAGAUGCAGAGACUCAACCAGGUCGUCCAGAACUUUCAUACCAAGGCCGCCUUGAUCAUACUCCACUCCAGAGUCGAACUGUCACCGGCCUACUCUCAAAAGACAGACUCAAAACGGGUGAAUCGGUGGUUCAACCUCGACGUGGAAGAGACGGAGGAUUACAAGGAUCAUAUCAAGAGAUGGAAGACGUGCGAUGUGGAAGUGAACCGGCCGGCUCCCCUGGUCAUCGAGAUCUUCUUGACAACCGAACCUCUGCAGCAAGGCCAACGACUCGUCAUCGUCGACGAGGACGGGAAGAGAUGGGAUGUACAGAAUUCGUUAUCGGCGGCUCACGACACUCCUCAUUCCAGCCAACGGCGGUCAACGGAUACUAACGAGGUCCUCCUCGAACGGUGGACCAUCGAACUCGGUGAUGCUACCGGGCCAAUACCCUUAGACUUGGCAACGCUUCUACCCCUAGUGUACAAGAAGAGCAUUGUUCUGUUCCGUUCCCUUUACACCUACAGCAACUUUCUUCCCGCCUGGAAACUGGCCCGAAAGGUCGGCAAGGGCCGGGCACAUAUGGCAUUGAAGCUGGGCUAUCGCCUCGUAGACGGGUCACGCCUGAGGAAUCUAUCGCGUCCAGACAACCUCGGUCUGAGACUCUUCGACAGCAAUUCCGAAGUCGUCUCCCUCUAUGACUUCGGCUUGACCGAGUCACCUGCUGGGCCGUUUUCGGUCAAGGUAGAAUAUCGACAGCACUGCGACUUCCGCAUUGAUGAUUCUGAAGAGCUACUGAGUUCAAGGUUCUUAGGAGCAGAUGAUGAUCUGUUCAGACCAUCUCUACCUGCUGAUAGAAGUUCUCGGACGGAAAUCGGUUCCCUACCUAACGAUCGACGGCAAAAUCUGUUAGAGCGACCUGAACUUGGACUUGCUUAUGGCAGCUUGUCGACCUUUCAUCAAGCAGGAAUUGGCACGGGCACCAGUCCAAUAUCUGCAUUGCGCAACGCCCAGGAUUUCAACGCGAGCUCGCCUCCUACACCCGAAGCAUCCAGGCCAAUGCACAACAACACAGCCUCCCAAAGUUCACGCAACUCUUUGCGUGCCGUGGCAGCCACCCGAAGAAGCUCUUUCUCGGUACAACCUUUCAAGACCCCAACUCUUUCAGCUUCACCAUUGGGAUCGUCUCCCCUUGCAUCGUCACCACGGACGCAUGUUGUCAGAGCACCUACUCUGGGGUCUCUUACAGAAGAGGGUAUCACCACCACUAGUGCCGCAGCUACUGGUCGACGAACCGGCUCGCUUGUUUCGGAACACGCCGUUGCAUACUCGGCAUCGAGCUCACCGAAACCUGCUCCAACGAGGUACAGCAGCAGCUUCAGCCAUCGACGUGGCCGAUUGUCCUCUGGCGGCACCACUGUCCGCACAGACGACGAUCAGAACAGCAGUGGGAGGGCCAGUGCUGCAUCUUCUGCUCAGCCCGGGUCAGGACUCAUAACGGAGGCAACCCCAGGCGGUGGAAGUUCGGGCUCUGUAGUUGAAGAUGAUGGCGAGAACAUCUCCGACUUCCUGAAGAUGUUGGAGCUACAGAAAGAUCUGCUGGGCUCUGUGUCGUCAUCCGCUGCGGAGGCAAAUACAAGACGGACUGCUGCAGCGUUGAACCGCUUCCACAGGUUACGAGACUCCAACACAGCAUUGUCUGAAUCCAUCUCCUCAUCCAUGAUGCUCCAGAGGUCGUCGGCAUCUUCGAGUAGGCAACUGUCUGGUGUUCCGCCCAUGGUAGGCCCCACUUCAGUCUCUACGUCUUCGUCCCCUGGGAAGCCGAUCUCACCUCACACGCCUCAUACUCCGUUCGCGCCUUCUAGGCUUAGUGCUGCCUAUAGCCAUGACGACACGGACCCGACCCACCUCACUGUCGAGGAGGCUCCUUCACCUUCCGAUGCCGCGACGGAAGAGACCGCGCAGGCUCGCUCGACUGCCAAUGUUCCUGCUAUUGACAUUCCCAACUCCCCUCGACCAUUUCUACAAGGCUACCAGCGUUCGAGCUCGGCGCAGCGUCGACCUCUGAGCUCUGAUGAGGACAUCGCCGACUUGUACGGCAUGCGAAGCCACAGCAUGGGGGCUGACCGGAGAGACAACCGGCGAGACCCUGGUCGUCAAGAACCGGGUGACGACUCGGCCAGUGUCGAUCCUCGGCCACGACAGAAUUCGAGAGCCUUUGACAGGGGUCCGCAGGUUCAUCGACACUCUGGGCUAGCCACAGUAGUCACUGAUGGCGGUCCUUCGGAGCCUACGUCCAACCGCUCCUCUGCGACUGCGCAUCGUCCUCGUGGUUCUCGCGGCGGCCUUGUUAGACCAAUUCCAGCUGCGCAUGGGUCUGGAUCAAGCUUCAGCGGGACUGCGGGCAGCGCUGAACAGGUCGACAGUAGUACAAGUGGUUCGUGGGGCCGAGGCGGAAGACGAAGUGGAAGCCGACCAGAAAACAAGUUUGACGAAGACGAAUUUCUUCCUUUUGCGAUGGAGAGGAGCGAUUUCAAUACUGCCAGCAGGCCAGAGCCAUCGGGUGCCAGCGAGAGAUGA